UUUCACGUUCCGGUCCAUUUUCUUCUGCUCAACGCAAUGAUGAUGCCCCCCCGCAAGACGACACUAACCAGCCUGAGCCUGGUGCUGCUGGCAACAGCGGCUAAGGCUUAGGAUUUUACCAUCUACGGUGACAGCGACUGCGAGAAGACGCCGACGGCCCAUUUUCGGAAAGUGGUAAUAGGACUGUACCCAUGUUCCUGAUCCCCAUGGAAGGUUCGAGCUCGAAAGCAUGGGCAACUGCCAAAUAGAUCUGUAUGCUACCUUGGCGGAUUAUCAGAAUAGCAUUUCGCAGAAACGAACCGUCAUCUCCCACCUACCACCUUCUGGAAAUGGAGUCCCCAUUAUCGGCAAAAGAACUCGGCUAUUUCAGUCAUGCUUGGAUGUGGACACUGAUUCCUAAGAUCCCUUGGCUCUACGUUAUUUCAGGCGUUGCAGCAUUUAUGUGGGCCAGCCAACUUAUAGAAGAUGCCUUUUUACUGUACUGCAUGGGGUGCGAGGCUAUGCAGUCGAAGACAUCCAAACAGACGCUGGUUUCCGGAGGAGUCGCAGCAGUAUCGGCGGUGCUCCAUUCCAUUUCCGACGUGGCACGAUUCUUUUUCGUUCUAGCGAUUACCCAUUCCUCCAACCCAUGGCUCGGACGUCUGGUUCUGCUUAAUGUGAUAUUAUUUCUGCCAGCUCGGAUAGUCACACUCAGCGGGGGCAUUCUUACAGCCCUACGCAUGAGAAAGCACGAGAAACUCGAGCUGACAGACGCGGAUCGCCAUCGUGAGCCAAGCCUAUCCACAACCCCGAAGUCGCCUAUGACAUUGGUUAUCAUACCUUGCUACCGCGAACCACUAUCGAUGGUCAUGGCUUCGAUUGAUUCGGUUGCAACCUCGGCUUACAACAGGGAUCGCAUCCAUAUUUUCUUAUCUUUCGACGGGCCCCAGAACAAUGCUGUCUUCAAACAGAUUUCAAGAAUAGCCAAAGCCAAGACAGCUCCCUCUCGCGAGUCUUUAUGUGCAGAGGGAGUCAUUGGGGAUGUUAACCUCACCCUGUGCGUUUUUGAGCACGGUGGGAAAACUCAGUGUCAGGGGCAGACAGUCGACUGCAUCAAGCGCUACCAUGGUAACUACAUGGAAACAGCUUCAGAUACUUGCGUACUCUUUUUAGACUCGGACACCACGAUCCAGCCGUCAGCCCUUCGCCUGCUUGGAGCUCAACUACAUCCACUGUCCGGAGCCCCAGGCAGCCUCAUCGCCUUGACGACCAUUCAAGCAAUCACAGGGCCAUCGUCGUCGUUCAGUGCCGCAACUUGGCAUCGCGGGUGUAUGGAGACCUCGAGAGACCAUGGUCAGGGUUAUCGCGUAAUUCUUUGCGCUCGUUAAUAUGGAGGAACUUCUUGUCGUUGUGGCCGUACGGGUAUGCAAGAUAAACGCCUGCGUGUCCGGUAUCGCUCCUCUUUUUCACG